GGAACCCGAUCACCCGACUCCUACUCAGGCCACAGUAGUCGCACAGUUCCGCGACUAUCAUGCCGAGAAAUUCUCCGGGCAGGGAGAUCCCCGUAUUGUGGACAAGUGGAUUCAGGGCCUUGAGUUCAUCUUCGAGGUCAUGGAUUGUCCAGAUAGAUAUCGCGUAAUCUGCGCUCAGCUUCAGUUAACCAGUGAUGCCCGGCUCUGGUGGAAUGGAAUGCCUACUGGAACAUGCCUGAUCCGCGAGAAGUACUACCCCACCUACUAUAGAGCAGAGAUGGAGCGUCAAUUUCUAUCGCUCCAGCAGGGUACUCGCACUGUUGACGAGUACGAGAGGGAGUUCACCAGACUUGCAGGUUUUGUUUCGGAUCUGGUUCGUACAGAGGCUCAGAGGGCACAACGCUUUAUUGACGGACUUUACCCAGCAGUCCGUCAUAACAUUGUAGGUCACGGGACCCAGACGUACGCUCGUGCUGUUGCGAUUGCCCAGGAGGUGGACGCCAGCAUCAGGAGGGAGGCCGUCCGUGAUCGUCCUCAGCCAUCUGCUCCUGCUCAGUCAUCUUCAGUUCCACCGAUGCCAGCCCUACCAGCUGCCCAGCCACCGAAGAACAACAAGAAGAAGGGGAAAGGUGCCCCGAUGGACAAGAGGACCCGGCGGAGGCUACAGCAGAUUCCACAGUGCCCGACAUGCGGACGACUUCACCAAGGCGAGUGUCGCUUUGGUCAGGAUGUAUGCUACUACUGUCACGAGCCCGGACACUUUGCGAACCGUUGUCCGAAGAAGGCACAGCAGCUCCA